CCCAAAUGUUCACUUGUUCUUCGUUUUUCCUAUCCACUACUUGCAAGUGACAAUAGUACGAGUGUACGACACGUCUUCAGCAGUCUGCACGUACGUUGGCCCGUUAAUUGGUUUGCAUUGGGCUUGUGCUAUCGUGCUUAUUUGACAUUAAUUGUAAUUCGUUCCAUCGUGUCUUCGAGUUACUAAGUUUAUCAUGGCGACUAGAAAGAAUAAAGUAUCUUGGGUUAUUGUCGUAUUUUUGGACUCCAAAGACUACAGUGUAGUACCAACAAAGUGGCUGGUUCAAAAUGAUUCUAAUAAUCUAACGAAUAGUACUGUACGGUUUUGUUUUUGGCCACUUGGUCGAGUAUCCAGUACAGAUAUCCAUGAUGCUCUGGAUCCAGAAGCGAGUUGGAUUCAGUAUAGUAUAAAAAUAGUUGGUGGCAAUAAAACAUAUGAUGAUUUUAAAAAAGCUUGGCAUAUAAGAGUUGAAAAAGAGUCAGAAAGUGAAGAGGUCCAAUUGUUGCCUAAACGUAAACGUACAAUAUUAAAUGUUUCAGCCAGUAGCAGUGAUGAUGAUUCUGAAUCGUACUCUAUAACACCUGCAUCUACCAAUUCAUUUAAGUCAUCCAGUAAUGAAAAGGCUGUACAAUAUCAAGAACUGAUAUCAGUUAAUAAUUCAACUUCACAGAAACAAUCACAACCAACCGAAACAUUCCAACCGUUAUUAUCAGAACAAAAUAUGAGUUAUCAAUCAUCAUCAGAGUAUCAACCACAAUAUACUCAAUCAACGACAGUUUACCAACCACCUUCUCAAGAUAUACAAACCAAAUGCCAGAAACUAGGAUCAAUAUCUUCUAGACAUUUCAGAAGAAUUGUAAAUGCAGCAAAGGAAAAAUGUGUGAUGUCUACAACAUCAUUACCACUGCGGCCCUAUUUGAUACCACCUGUAGUAAAUAUAAAUGCCAUUGUUUCAACUGAAAUACUAACACCAUCUAUUAAUACUGAAGUUUUUAAUUGUCACGAUAGUAAUGUAUUAAAUUCAGUGAAUCAUCUUGAGAAUCCAAGUCUUGAUUUUUCUGAGACACCAAAUUUAACUGAUAAUAAAAAUGGUAUUAGUGACAAACUACGCGAUUGGAUAAUUCAUUUUAAAAUUUCGCAUAAUGCUGCUAAUUCUCUUUUAACCGUCUUGCAAAGUGAAGGAAUGAAAGUUCCUAAAGAUGUCAGGACUUUAAUGCAUACUCCUAAAACCAAAGAAAUGGUCAAUAUAUCAAAUGGCUCUUAUAUACAUUUAGGACUAAGAGAUAUGUUAUUACCACUUUUAGAAAUAAAUGAUUUUAAUAAACAUACAAGUGAUAAUAUACUAAGAAUAGGAAUUAACAUUGACGGUCUACCAAUAGCUAAGAGUAGCAAAAGUCAACUAUGGCCUAUAUUGAUUUCUAUUUUAAAUUUUAAGGAAUUACCCAAUAAUGUACUUCCUAUUGGUAUAUUUCAUUUUUUCGACUCAAAACACAGUAGACCACCCUCGACGAAACCCUCUGCUGAGCCGAUAUGGACAACAAUUAAUCGCUUGCCCUUACCUGUCGGAUUUUUUGGCCCGGUAGACAGUCCUUUUAGGAACGCAUCUCUAUGCGAUUUUAUUGUAUUGUCCAUCCACACCUUAUUACAAGUCUCUCCUGCAUUUACCCAUGUCUCGUCGAGAAAGUAUAUUGUUAGACCCUCAUUCCUAUAA